AUGAUUAUAAAAUUAUUAGUAAUUUGUACAUUAGUGACAUUUACAUUAGCUAAACCACCAUUUGAAGGUUAUGAACCAAAAAGGAAUUAUGAUAGUAAAUUAGGUUUAAAUGAAGAUAGACAAUGUGAUUGUAAAUGUCCUACAGUAUCAAAUAGCAGAUAUAAUGAAGAUCAAUCAAGCAGUGAUUCAAGACAAAGAUACGAUUAUAGAAAACCACAAUCGUCUAAAUCCUUAUCUUCAGAAUCUGGUGAAUCAUUAUCAUCGUCGUCUAAAUCUCAAUUUUAUACGUACACGCCACCGAAAGACACUGUAACCGAUAGCAAAUCUGAAACUGAAGAAACAAUAACAAACAGAAAAAAAAUUCGCGUAUUAUUUAUACGAGCACCAGAAAGUCAUUCGGUUGAAAAUCUUGCAUCGAAACUUGCAAAAUCUGUGGUUGAAGAUCAAACACAUGUUUACGUACUUACAAAACAAACAGAUUCCAAAGAAUUACAGAAAGCUUUCGAAAAAACAAUUGAAAUCAAAAGCAAUAAACCAGAAAUUCAUUUUGUUAAUUUUCGUAAUGAACAAGAUGCUCGUGAUGCUCAGCAACGUAUUCAACAAGAAAUCGAUGGUCAAUAUGAUGGUGCUUCAUCAAAUAUUGAGGGCGGAGAAGCAUCGUUACAAUCAUGGUCAUCAACUGAUACUGAAACAACAAGUAACCAAGAAAAUGAUGAUGAUGAUAAUGGCGAUGGUUCUAAUGGUAUUCUUUCAUCUGAGGGAGAUGAUGAUAGUACUGAUACUGAAAGUGACAAUGCUGACAAUAUUGAUGAGAGGUCUUAUCAAAAUAACGAUGAUUCGCCAAGAACACAAAGUAGAUUACAAGGAAACUCUAAUAAUAAUGAAGAUUUAGAUUCUUUAUCAAUAAAUCGUAAUGGUGGAAUAAGCAAUAGGAAUAAAAAUAGAAAUCAAAACGACAGCAAAUAUAAUCUCGCAUCUAGAAAUGGCUAUUUACCACCAGUCAGAAACUAG